CAUUCUGAGCUUAUCAUUCAAUUUAAUCAUUCACUUUACGCUGACAAAUGACAGUCAAACGUAAACGUAAUUCAUAGUAAUUCCACGGAUCAGUGGGUACUACGAUAAACUGAUUUAUUCUCGAAAUUUUACAUUGUGUGUACUUAGAGUGUAACGUAACGUUUUGUUAAUUAUAUUCUUAAUAAUUAAAUAAAUAAUAAAAUGUCUGCUGCUGUAAAAGGUAUAUUCAUCGUCGGCGCCAAGCGCACGCCAUUCGGCACGUUCGGCGGCGUGUUCCGCAACACGUCGGCCACCGAGCUGCAGACCAUCGCCACCACAGCAGCGCUCAAGGAGGCAGGAGUGUCCCCGCAGCAAGUAGACUCUAUGGUUGUCGGUCAGGUCAUUGCGGCGUCCCAAACGGACGGCAUCUACACUCCCCGUCACGCGGCGCUCAAGGCCGGCAUCCCGCAGGAGAAGCCCGUGCUCGGCAUCAACAGGCUCUGCGGCUCUGGGUUCCAGUCCGUGGUCAACAGUGCUCAGGAUAUUCUGACGGGAGCAGCCCAAAUCUCCGUGGCUGGUGGAGUAGAGAACAUGUCCCAAGCACCCUUCGCGGUGCGCAACGUCCGCUUCGGCACCGCGUUGGGCAGCAGCUACGUCUUCGAGGAUACAUUAUGGGCUGGUCUUUCCGAUUCGUACUGUGGUCUUCCCAUGGGCAUGACUGCUGAGAAGCUGGGAGGACAGUUCGGCAUCACCAGGGAUGAGGUGGAUAACUUCGCGCUCAGGUCACAGCAGAGGUGGAAGGCCGGCAAUGACGCAGGAGUGUUCAAAGCGGAGAUUGAACCUGUGACCCUCACGAUCAAGAGGAAAGAGGUCAAGGUGGAAGUUGACGAGCACCCUCGCCCGCAGACCACCCUCGAGACCCUCAAGAAGCUGCCGCCCGUGUUCAAGAAGGAAGGUCUCGUCACUGCUGGCAGCGCUUCCGGUAUCAGCGACGGAGCCGGUGCGAUAGUCCUGGCCAGCGAGGAAGCCGCUAAGAACCUAAAGCCACUUGCCAGGCUGGUGGGCUGGUCGUACGUGGGCGUCGACCCCAGCAUCAUGGGCAUUGGUCCAGUGCCUGCCAUCGAGAACCUGUUGAAAGUUACCAAGAUGAGCCUUAAUGACAUUGAUCUUAUUGAGAUCAACGAGGCGUUCGUGGCGCAGACGCUGUCGUGCGUCAAGGCGCUGAAGCUGGACGUGGACAAGCUCAACGUGAACGGCGGCGCCACCGCGCUCGGACACCCGCUCGGCGCCUCCGGCUCGCGCAUCACCGCGCACCUCGUGCACGAGCUGCGGUGAGCAUGCGUAGGCGAUAGCAGACACACUUCGUUACUCUUACUUCUUAUCUUAUACUCAACGUGAACGGCGGCGCCACCGCGCUCGGACACCCGCUCGGCGCUCUCCGGCUCGCGCAUCACCGCGCACCUCGUGCACGAGCUGCGGUGAGCAUGCGUAGGCGAUAGCAGACACACUUCGUUACUCUUACUUCUUAUCUUAUACUCAACGUGAACGGCGGCGCCACCGCGCUCGGACACCCGCUCGGCGCUCUCCGGCUCGCGCAUCACCGCGCACCUCGUGCACGAGCUGCGGUGAGCAUGCGUAGGCGAUAGCAGACACACUUCGUUACUCUUACUUCUUAUCUUAUACUCAACGUGAACGGCGGCGCCACCGCGCUCGGACACCCGCUCGGCGCCUCCGGCUCGCGCAUCACCGCGCACCUCGUGCACGAGCUGCGGUGAGCAUGCGUAGGCGAUAGCAGACACACUUCGUUACUCUUACUUCUUAUCUUAUACUCAACGUGAACGGCGGCGCCACCGCGCUCGGACACCCGCUCGGCGCCUCCGGCUCGCGCAUCACCGCGCACCUCGUGCACGAGCUGCGGUGAGCAUGCGUAGGCGAUAGCAGACACACUUCGUUACUCUUACUUCUUAUCUUAUACUCAACGUGAACGGCGGCGCCACCGCGCUCGGACACCCGCUCGGCGCCUCCGGCUCGCGCAUCACCGCGCACCUCGUGCACGAGCUGCGGUGAGCAUGCGUAGGCGAUAGCAGACACACUUCGUUACUCUUACUUCUUAUCUUAUACUCAACGUGAACGGCGGCGCCACCGCGCUCGGACACCCGCUCGGCGCCUCCGGCUCGCGCAUCACCGCGCACCUCGUGCACGAGCUGCGGUGAGCAUGCGUAGGCGAUAGCAGACACACUUCGUUACUCUUACUUCUUAUCUUAUACUCAACGUGAACGGCGGCGCCACCGCGCUCGGACACCCGCUCGGCGCCUCCGGCUCGCGCAUCACCGCGCACCUCGUGCACGAGCUGCGGUGAGCAUGCGUAGGCGAUAGCAGACACACUUCGUUACUCUUACUUCUUAUCUUAUACUCAACGUGAACGGCGGCGCCACCGCGCUCGGACACCCGCUCGGCGCCUCCGGCUCGCGCAUCACCGCGCACCUCGUGCACGAGCUGCGGUGAGCAUGCGUAGGCGAUAGCAGACACACUUCGUUACUCUUACUUCUUAUCUUAUACUCAACGUGAACGGCGGCGCCACCGCGCUCGGACACCCGCUCGGCGCCUCCGGCUCGCGCAUCACCGCGCACCUCGUGCACGAGCUGCGGUGAGCAUGCGUAGGCGAUAGCAGACACACUUCGUUACUCUUACUUCUUAUCUUAUACUCAACGUGAACGGCGGCGCCACCGCGCUCGGACACCCGCUCGGCGCCUCCGGCUCGCGCAUCACCGCGCACCUCGUGCACGAGCUGCGGUGAGCAUGCGUAGGCGAUAGCAGACACACUUCGUUACUCUUACUUCUUAUCUUAUACUCAACGUGAACGGCGGCGCCACCGCGCUCGGACACCCGCUCGGCGCCUCCGGCUCGCGCAUCACCGCGCACCUCGUGCACGAGCUGCGGUGAGCAUGCGUAGGCGAUAGCAGACACACUUCGUUACUCUUACUUCUUAUCUUAUACUCAACGUGAACGGCGGCGCCACCGCGCUCGGACACCCGCUCGGCGCCUCCGGCUCGCGCAUCACCGCGCACCUCGUGCACGAGCUGCGGUGAGCAUGCGUAGGCGAUAGCAGACACACUUCGUUACUCUUACUUCUUAUCUUAUACUCAACGUGAACGGCGGCGCCACCGCGCUCGGACACCCGCUCGGCGCCUCCGGCUCGCGCAUCACCGCGCACCUCGUGCACGAGCUGCGGUGAGCAUGCGUAGGCGAUAGCAGACACACUUCGUUACUCUUACUUCUUAUCUUAUACUCAACGUGAACGGCGGCGCCACCGCGCUCGGACACCCGCUCGGCGCCUCCGGCUCGCGCAUCACCGCGCACCUCGUGCACGAGCUGCGGUGAGCAUGCGUAGGCGAUAGCAGACACACUUCGUUACUCUUACUUCUUAUCUUAUACUCAACGUGAACGGCGGCGCCACCGCGCUCGGACACCCGCUCGGCGCCUCCGGCUCGCGCAUCACCGCGCACCUCGUGCACGAGCUGCGGUGAGCAUGCGUAGGCGAUAGCAGACACACUUCGUUACUCUUACUUCUUAUCUUAUACUCAACGUGAACGGCGGCGCCACCGCGCUCGGACACCCGCUCGGCGCCUCCGGCUCGCGCAUCACCGCGCACCUCGUGCACGAGCUGCGGUGAGCAUGCGUAGGCGAUAGCAGACACACUUCGUUACUCUUACUUCUUAUCUUAUACUCAACGUGAACGGCGGCGCCACCGCGCUCGGACACCCGCUCGGCGCCUCCGGCUCGCGCAUCACCGCGCACCUCGUGCACGAGCUGCGGUGAGCAUGCGUAGGCGAUAGCAGACACACUUCGUUACUCUUACUUCUUAUCUUAUACUCAACGUGAACGGCGGCGCCACCGCGCUCGGACACCCGCUCGGCGCCUCCGGCUCGCGCAUCACCGCGCACCUCGUGCACGAGCUGCGGUGAGCAUGCGUAGGCGAUAGCAGACACACUUCGUUACUCUUACUUCUUAUCUUAUACUCAACGUGAACGGCGGCGCCACCGCGCUCGGACACCCGCUCGGCGCCUCCGGCUCGCGCAUCACCGCGCACCUCGUGCACGAGCUGCGGUGAGCAUGCGUAGGCGAUAGCAGACACACUUCGUUACUCUUACUUCUUAUCUUAUACUCAACGUGAACGGCGGCGCCACCGCGCUCGGACACCCGCUCGGCGCCUCCGGCUCGCGCAUCACCGCGCACCUCGUGCACGAGCUGCGGUGAGCAUGCGUAGGCGAUAGCAGACACACUUCGUUACUCUUACUUCUUAUCUUAUACUCAACGUGAACGGCGGCGCCACCGCGCUCGGACACCCGCUCGGCGCCUCCGGCUCGCGCAUCACCGCGCACCUCGUGCACGAGCUGCGGUGAGCAUGCGUAGGCGAUAGCAGACACACUUCGUUACUCUUACUUCUUAUCUUAUACUCAACGUGAACGGCGGCGCCACCGCGCUCGGACACCCGCUCGGCGCCUCCGGCUCGCGCAUCACCGCGCACCUCGUGCACGAGCUGCGGUGAGCAUGCGUAGGCGAUAGCAGACACACUUCGUUACUCUUACUUCUUAUCUUAUACUCAACGUGAACGGCGGCGCCACCGCGCUCGGACACCCGCUCGGCGCCUCCGGCUCGCGCAUCACCGCGCACCUCGUGCACGAGCUGCGGUGAGCAUGCGUAGGCGAUAGCAGACACACUUCGUUACUCUUACUUCUUAUCUUAUACUCAACGUGAACGGCGGCGCCACCGCGCUCGGACACCCGCUCGGCGCCUCCGGCUCGCGCAUCACCGCGCACCUCGUGCACGAGCUGCGGUGAGCAUGCGUAGGCGAUAGCAGACACACUUCGUUACUCUUACUUCUUAUCUUAUACUCAACGUGAACGGCGGCGCCACCGCGCUCGGACACCCGCUCGGCGCCUCCGGCUCGCGCAUCACCGCGCACCUCGUGCACGAGCUGCGGUGAGCAUGCGUAGGCGAUAGCAGACACACUUCGUUACUCUUACUUCUUAUCUUAUACUCAACGUGAACGGCGGCGCCACCGCGCUCGGACACCCGCUCGGCGCCUCCGGCUCGCGCAUCACCGCGCACCUCGUGCACGAGCUGCGGUGAGCAUGCGUAGGCGAUAGCAGACACACUUCGUUACUCUUACUUCUUAUCUUAUACUCAACGUGAACGGCGGCGCCACCGCGCUCGGACACCCGCUCGGCGCCUCCGGCUCGCGCAUCACCGCGCACCUCGUGCACGAGCUGCGGUGAGCAUGCGUAGGCGAUAGCAGACACACUUCGUUACUCUUACUUCUUAUCUUAUACUCAACGUGAACGGCGGCGCCACCGCGCUCGGACACCCGCUCGGCGCCUCCGGCUCGCGCAUCACCGCGCACCUCGUGCACGAGCUGCGGUGAGCAUGCGUAGGCGAUAGCAGACACACUUCGUUACUCUUACUUCUUAUCUUAUACUCAACGUGAACGGCGGCGCCACCGCGCUCGGACACCCGCUCGGCGCCUCCGGCUCGCGCAUCACCGCGCACCUCGUGCACGAGCUGCGACGUCGCGGCCUGAAGCGCGGCAUCGGGUCUGCGUGCAUCGGCGGAGGCCAGGGGAUCGCCCUCAUGAUCGAGACUGUCUAAAUAUCCAUCUACUGUAGCUGAUAUAGAUCGGCAGUAUACUCGUACUUACUCGUAUACGCUCGUACGUACUCGUAUGCGCUCGUAUGUACUCGUAUACGCUCGUGUGUACUCAUAUGCGCUUGUGUGUACUCGUUUACGCUCGUGUGUACUCGUUUACGCUCGUGUGUACUCGUAUACGCUCGUGUGUACUCGUUUACGCUCGUGUGUACUCAUAUGCGCUUGUGUGUACUCGUUUACGCUCGUAUGUACUCGUACACCCUCAUAUUUACUCAUUUAUUGAGUAGGUUAACAGUCAUCAUAAAAUUUGGACUAUUUGAACUAACUAACUAUUGGAAAGUGAUAAAGUCGUAUAACGAGCGUGUAAAACUAGUUUAUGCGAGCGUAUACUGUCAAUACACUAUUCCAUACCAUAAAUUAUAAUAGGUACAUUAAAUUAUCGACCAGCUUGUAACUUUAAUAGUAACACAAAUAAUUGAAUGGUGCUGAAAAUGAGAUAAUAUUUUCUUAUCUAUUGUUAUUGUUAUUUUAAAUGUUGUACAGGUAUAAGUAAAGUAAUACUUUUAAGUGAAUAAAAAGUGAUUUACCACUUAAAUUGUAUAGAUUAUAAUCAAUUUAUAAAAAUCUGUUAAAUAUUAUUACAAAAAAUGUAUUAUCUACCUACCACUAAUAUUUGUUUAAAUAAUAUUGUUCAAUAAUUGUUACAGAACAAUAUUUUUGCGAUUUUAUGGUUUUUAUAAAUAAAUCAUGUACAAUUUA